AAACCAGAGAAACGCUUCACCGGGGGUCCAAGGAGAUGCACAACUUCCGACUUGGCUGAUGUAGCUCGUAUUUAAUCGCACGAUCGCGUGUUGCAACGUCGAAAAUGUAGGCAAUUGGUUAUUUGGAUAAUUUUCGGACUGUUAUAAAGCGACAAUGAUCCUCGAUUUGACGCGAUUUCUCGACGCGCACACAGUUCGGACGGCUUUUCGAAUCAUUGCCACAACAAAACCCCGUCGUUCCACCUUUCACUCUCGUCGGCGCAAUUACAAUUCCGUAGCCGCUAAUAGCCGCGUGACACCGCGGCUCGAGAUCAGCGUUGUUCGUACGAAAGUGGCGAGAAAAAUGAACGUUGAAAAUUUCCCGGUUGCCGAUUCACUGCCUCGGACGUAGCUCGACCGCUCGGGAGACCUUCGCACGUGGGCCGCUAGCUUGCCUGCCUGCAGCGGAUUGCGUGGGCUAAAACAAUUCUCGGUUAAUUAAGAUAAUCGCUUGUUUAUGACGCCAUGCGUUCCUCGCAGACUUUAUCUGUCGCCAGUCGGUGAAAUUCGUUGGCGACGAGAAAGCGCUUGUUCACCUUUAUUCUUCUUCUUUUCUUUCUUUUUUUCAACAGGGACUUCUUUGACAUUAUUUGAGGUACAUUUAUACCGUUUCUAUAAAAAGUGUAAUGAUAUUUUUCACUGUUGAGGAUAUGUGGAAAGCAGGUUACUAAGAUAAUCUAUAAUGAAAAAUAACUUUAUUUGAAAAAUGGAAAACCAGGACCUAUUGUCCUUCCUAAACCGAUUCUUGUAUCGAACCGAGUAAAAGAUUAAAAGAUCGCUAAUACUUAUACCUAUGAAAAUACAAAAAUCUACCCUUUCAGGUAUGCUUACUCCUCGACACGGUCUGAGCGCAAAACGUCAUCGACAAUAAAACGCCUGAUAUUUUUGAAUGGAGAACUUUCUAUAACUGUUUUCUUUCAACAUUCACAAUUAUACCUAGUUUCUGUAUGUGAGCAAGCAAAAUUCAGUUUGUUCUUGUCGUUCGAAUUCUCCAUCGAACAAAGUAUAAGGAAAACUUUGUCGCGUAGGAGUAUAUGUCAAAAAACGGAAAGUUGUCGCGAUGGGAAUUCGGGUUUGGACGUAACGUGGACGAGGAUCGACGUAAGUACCGUUUGUUCGUUCGUUCGGAUCCGUUUCGCGGCUUGUUUUCGCCGGUGAAGAAACGAGAACGAGCGGAGGAGGAUAGUUGUUUACCCAGAGGAAACGUUUACGGGUUCGUCACCGUGCGAGCCGUGUGUCCACGCGUGUUAGCCUGCUAUAUAAUGAUGGGGCUCCGUGACGGCCUUGAAAAGGUGAACCACGUAGGUGUACGAGACGCGGAAGAUGGAAAAGCCGCUCUCCAAUGCCGCGUGGGCGAAAUGUAUCAAGGCUGACUUAGGUGAAGCCAUUCUGUCGACACUUGUCGCCGAUCCUGACGUUUAAAUAGGUGAACCGCCGCUGACAAACGACCGACGCGAAUGAACUCCUUCAAAAGCGACAUCGAGACACGUAUCCUUCCAGCUUGUGUCGCCUUCCUACCUUCCACGCGCGCUUUUAUUUGUCCUCUGGUCAUUGUUACCGGUUCGAUCGUGUAAUAAGAGAUUUCGAAGAAGGAUAAGGGUGACUUUAAUAAUCAUUCGAUAUUUAUAAAAAAAAAAUUUAUGCAAAAAUCAACAGUAUAAUAAACGUUUUAUAUCCCUACGGAGAAGUUGUAACGCGAGGCUGAGGAUGCAUCGGAGAAGAACGAUGCAGGAAGCAAUUUGAGCGAGAAGGUAUUUAUUCCCGAGGUGGUGAAUCCCAUUCCACCCGGAAAAGGCAGCCGUAAUCGCCGAUAUAAGCGAUAACACGGCGCGUUGUAUCUCAUCGUUGGACGCGACGUAACCGACAAAUUGUCCGAAUGAAUAAUGCGGCUAGUCCCUUCUUCUUUGAACGGUGUUCGCCUUCCUUUCCUAACAGAUUGCCAUCUUCCUAUCCCCGUGCUUGAUCGCCAUCGUAUACGUAAUUAUAACUUCAUGCUCGCAUGCGUGCAUCGUUGACCCAUUUAAUUUCCCUUAAGCGUCAGAAAAGGGUUCGAACGUUUAUUCAUUUGCUUUUUCGAACGAUUUUCAAGGGAACGUCGUUAACACCCUUUUCGUCGAGGCGAAAACAUUCUCAAACCGCUUAAUCGUCCAUGUGCCUGGAUUAAUUCGAAAUUUCUCCGAUUCGAUGGCGAACGAAACAUCAGGCUUGUACCUUCAUUCGAAAGUGUUCCACCUCGUAAUUGAGAUUAAUGAAAAUCGUGUAUAAUUAUAAGGGAAGUGGUCGCACCCCGUAAACAAUUUUAUUCGGAGCGAUCACGGCGCGUUGGCUCGGUAAGUGAGGUCCUUUAAGAGGACACAAGUGGCAAGUUGUGGUCAUCAGCUCGUAAACCGUGAACGGGGCCGACUGUUACCCUACUAAUGAACAUCAUUGAACAGAAUGUCCCUUAACUGACGGUAUACGCCGUAAUUCUCGUUCCCCCGCGUGCCGUGUCUUUAAAGACUAACAAUUUACGUCAGCGAGAAUCGAUUUUUCGGCCCUCAAGAAUGAUGGCUCGUGCCCGAUACUCACGGCAGACCAGAAUUGCAAAAGAGCAUUCUUUCGUAUCCUUCACCUGCCCCCCUUGCCCCUUGUCUCUUUCACACGAAACGGAAGAUGCGAGGGAGAGAGAGAGAGAAGGGGACAGUGGACGGUAAGACGGAGGGAGAGGAGGGCCGAACGUAAUGACUGGACGGCGCAAAAAUUCGCAAUUAACUCGGGCCAGCCACGGUGCCGAUGUCGCGUCGGCGUAAUUGGUUUUGCAGAAAACUUUUACGUGUUUUCACGGCAUUUGCAUAAUGUGCGAGGUGAACACGGCCGAUCGAUCGGUUAAUUUAAAUACCGUACCGCGCCGCCGCGGUUGCGCGUCGAACGUCUCUGCGCAUGCGCCACGGCGAGCGAGCAGGCGCAGUAGAUCACGACGCCAGACCAGAGGCGGCGCAACCGACUUCUCGUAAUGUUUCCUUGUAAUUGCCGUUACUUAUUGCUGCUCGCCGACCUCGUGGAACAACGUUCGCGCGUAGAUCAUCCUAAUUCGGCCGUGUUGAUCGCCGAUCGUGAAUCAUUCGACCGACUUUUCGCCGGUUUCUCUUUUAUCCGUGCACCUGUCGAAACAAGCGAGCGCCUGGUGAGGUUGGAAAAUGCGAACGAUCCGUCACGCAUCGGCAUUAAGUCUCAUACAAGGAAAGGACCUCAACUUUCCGACUUGGGUUGUCAACGAGUUUUUGUAAGAUGAUGGUAUACAGAUACGAAACUAGAUAUUUACUUUGACAUUUUUGCUUUUUAUUAACUUUUCCACUUGUACAAAUUUUUCAAAUUUUUUUUACAACUCCGCGUCGUUCGAUACUAAAAUCGGCAGAAAUGGUGGAAAAAAUAAAGAGAGGAGCCACGGGCAAAAUGGUAGUUCGUGGCCCAGAACGGUGAAUAUCGUGUUUCACGUCCGAAGUUCAGCACGGAGAGCAGUACACGGUGAGUUUCGUGAGGGGCCUCGGGGGUACGACGGUACCGUGUCGGCAUGUUUCGCAGUUUGGGACCAGGACCCAAAGGUCCGACUCGACAGGCACCGGCACAAAAACAGCGGGGGUCAGAGGGGUCAGCAGCGGGUCCCUGUGUUCCUGGGGCCUUUCUUGUCAUGCGAUAUGUUGCUCGUACGUUAUGAUAGUGGCGUCAGUAUACCAGCUUUCUGUUCUGUCAGUGACAAUGCUCGCGAUGCCUUUGUGCUCACUCCGCGAAACCUUCCUUUCUCUCCUCCUCCUUUUUUCUUCUCCCUUCUCUCGCUCGAAUGGACAUCGAAUGUUGGAAAAAAGGAACAACCGGGCAAGAAUAGUUUGUACUCGAUAGAAUCGACUAAUACGAUUCGUUGUACCUGUAAUCCAUACCUUUGUAAUUUCGACCGGUCACACAGGUGAUGACGAUGAACAUUCCUUUAGGCUUCGAGCGAAUCUUACUUUGAUUUCGCCGUGUCAUAUGUUGGGUGUUUAGAGAGGAUGUAAAAUAACGCCUUGUGUGAUUGGGUAAAAAUUUCGCGCGGAAUAAUCAAAGAAAUAUCGUGAACACACCCCUUUUUUCUUUUUGUACGAAAAUCAUUCUAAAACCACGAGUUGAUACAUAUUCUGGUCGAAGAAAAAAAGCCAUUUCGAAAGCUCUUCGUAGUCGUCAUAAAUAACCACGUUAGAGACGACGUAUUCUCGUACAAGGGUCACUUGAUGUUCCACCAAAUCGCUCGAGUUGUUGCUCAGCUAACGGACAUUUUUAUGGAUAACCAAAGGUAACGAGCACGCGCGAGAGAAAAGGUGAUACGUGGAUGUGGUAACCGAGGGAACAUCGGGCGGGGAGCGCGCACCGGUACAAAUUUAUCUUUGUUCCAAACUUUCACGCACUGACAGCGCUCUGGCUGUUGGCAUCCACGGACUUGGCUGUCCCUCGACGUGACACACCGAUCUUCUUUACUUCUCUCCCACCGCGCUAUUUUAUUUCAUUUCCUAGUCUCAACCCCCUAGUCACAAAGUACGGUGCGAAUUCCAGAUGACUAACGUUCCAUUUUUCUCAACCGUGACUUCUUUUCCAACGAGGGAAUGUGAAAAAUUACGAGGCUACCUUAACAAUCGCUCUAAGAAUCACCCGGGGUCUUGAACGAAUUGACCUUCGAUUUAUAAUUCCCUGUAUCCCCCAUGGUGUCUCUUUCAAUUUUUCUUCUUUACGCUUGGCCCGUGGCAAACGAAUCGUCUCUGUAAGUUCGAGUUGCUCUCUAGGCUAAGGAUAUCCGAGAAGAAUCAUUGAAAAAUGAGGGGAAUUAAGAAGACGGGGACGAAGGUAGAGAGUGUUAUGGCAGAAGCGUGCCCGUACACCUUUGGAUAGCCAUAUAAAGACUAUAUACGAUAUUAACGACACUCUGUAGCAGCAAAUAGAGGACGAUUCGACGACGUGGCGGAACAAUGGACGAACAGACAAAAAGAUUCCGGCCAACAUUGUCGUAGCUACGACUUUAUGAGGCGAGCUGUGUAUGUAGGUGCACAGCCACGCCAGUUUGCCCUCCCGAUUAUGUAUCGGUUUCUCGUAUAAUGCGAUUUGACGCAGGUGGUCCUUUCCUCGUAACUCGUGGCCAUUUUGAGCACAAACGCGUGCGCGUUAUGUAUUGACACCGGUCGGACUCAACAGCGUAGGCGAUAAAGGAUUCACCCUGGUACCCUUUCUCUUUCGUUAUAUCCCCUUCUUUCUCUUUCUUAUCUCAUUUCCAGGGUGCCUUACACAAUACACCUUUUCGAAAUUGUUUAAUUAUUUUUGUCUCAUAAUCAUCACGUGGCUUCCACUUGGUUGCUGCAUUUCAAAAGAGUCAUUGACCUUUGUUUCUGAAAUUUCUAACAUUUGUUAAAUUAGUGAUAAAAGGAAGCCAUUAGAAUCAGAAAAGCUCGACUCUGUGUCUUUCCCGAGUAAAAAACAAACGAUAUAGCGUCAGGAUACUUUAGCAGUCGAGUAGCAAAAGGACUGCGUGGAGAGGAAGAGGAAAAGUAAUAGCGGCGGAGGAAGGGAGGUAGAGUAGCAAGAUCAAGGAAGAGCGGGAAAGGAGGAGGAAGAGAAGGAGUAGCAAAAAGCAAAGUAGCGGAGGUGGGGUUAGAGGGGAAAGAGGGAGAGAAAGGGCAGAGAGCGGACAAGGGAUAAUAAUAAAACGAGAUAUCUCGUACGUGGGCGGUCGUAUUGUUAGCGCAACAAGGCAUGCGCGGCGCUUCUGUGUCCCCGCGGUGUGCGCGCUCGUGCGCUGCGCCCUUAAUAAAGGGUACGCGUGUGCGUGAUACGCGAGCGAGCGCGCGCGCUUAAUAAGAGGAGGCCACCGAGUGCCAGUGUGAGUGGAGAGCAGCACGGCCUUAUGUAAAUCGGACGGGACCAUCUGCGAGGGAACCUCUCUCUGUAACCGACCACGAGAAGCGGGAACAGCGAAGUGCAGCGGCGAGAAAGAGAAAGAGAAGAAGAAGAAGAAGCAGCACGAGCUGCUGCCGGCAUCAAAAGCAGUGCCGCCACCGCCACCGCCACCGCCGCGAUAAACACGCAUUUAUUCCAGUGUGCGCUGUGUGUGCCCGACCGUAGGCGUAAGGGCAUGCGCUACACCGGUUGCCCCGGGCAAUAGCACAUGCGCCUGCGCUCUAGGUGACCGCGCUCUUAACCUCUCACCUCAAGACAGGAUUUUUUCAGUACUUUGGUUCGGCAGUAAAAUCGAACCAAUGAGUUAUUUCAAUUUUCUGUUAGUACUAUUUUCUAAACUUAAUUUAUUUAAAGUUCAGCUACAUAUUCAGGAGUAAAAUUACGCCGGUUCGAUCGAAAGAUCGGUACUUUAAUGCGAAUCGUAUCACGAUCGGUGGAGCGGUGCCUAUCUCAAGCCCCGGACACGUUUAACAUGCGCGGACCGCAGGGACGUUAAGAAACACAAGACACUAGGACCGCGUAACACGAGCGCUAUCGCGACUUUACAUUGUGUUUGCACGGAUCCUGACCGCUGCAGAAACGCAUGCCGAUGAUUCUUCCACGGUCGGCAGAUAAACAGAUAGGCAGAUGGGUGUACACGUAGGUGCGCUCAGAUAAGAGACCUACCGAGAGCCAGGAGGAAAGUUAAAGUAGGUACUUGCUACGUUCUCGGACCACGGUGCACGACUUUGAUCCCUAUCGAUCCAAUAAUCGACUCGGUAACUGUUGUUUUACGAGCUUAAACCUUCAAUUUCGUCGUUGAACAUUAACCGACUAACAGAGUCGGAUGGACUAGCCGAAAUUAAUAUUCCAAAAUAAAUGAAAAUUCCGUUCAUUUGUUCGACGCAGCAAAGAACAAGUUCUCUUUAAACGAGCCCCGUCACCUCGAACGAGACAACAGAGCGCGAAGAAUCGUCUCGGAAACGGCGCGACGGCGAGUCGCAAGAUGGCAAAACUCGCGGCGCGAUGACGGGUUUCUUACACAAGAACGAUAUGCCGGGAGAGUAAGAUAACGCGUUAUGAUAUCGCGUUUAAGGUAGACCGACGGGUAAUGGUGGAAAAAUAUCCGCGGCCGCGACAGCGCGCGCUGUAUAAUAGCAGACGUGUCGUUUAAUGGGGAUUUAUCGUUCGGCCGGUUGAUUCGCGCGCGUCCAAUCUCUCUCUUUCACAGCCGCGAUGCAAAUCGAGGACAGACCGACCGGCUGUAUACUCGACGUUCCGCGAAAGAUGAAUAGGUCAGUUUCCUUGAGCCGAAGUGUGACUAACGAAAAGCCCGAGCGCGGUAACUUCCUUUGAUAGGAGGCGCGUGCGAGAACCCUUGACCCACAUGCUUGUCGCAGAUGUACCGAGAAUUUCGCGGGCAUCCGAUGAGUGUUGCAAUUGUAUUGAUAACCCUUUCGAUGCUUAAUUCUUUUAACAAAUGGGUCAUGGUGUUUUGCGCCCGCUCCUUUUUUUCUUUCUUCAUUUUACGCCAAUUUUCGAUGCGUGACCAACGAGGGACGUAAUAAUUUCAAUUUAUACACGUUGCCUCAUCCGGUCCACUAAACACACGAAACGAUGGGAAUCACGUAGCGAAGACAACUAGUCGUGUUUCCACGGAUUCGAGCCGGUGGUUACGAGAUUUCCGGCCGAGUCGGAAGUUGCGGUCCGCGGAGCAGAAUCGAAAGAACCCACCACGCGUAAUCGACACGGCCAGUUUAUCGCGCGUUGUACGCAAAGAUGGUGCUCGUAUAUGGAAGUUGACAACAAAGAUACCAUCUCCACGGCGAAGGAGUCGGUGAAAGUGUGCAGUUUCGUCGGAUUUUUUCCAAUAUUAUUUCGAGAGUGCGCGAUAAAUCUUCUUCACCCGGAGGUAAUCGAUCCCGGUACUGUAAUUAAGUUCCGUUCUGUGCUUCUUCUCUUCUGCCGUCCUUCUUUUUUUAUAUUUUGUACGUCCGUCUUCUCGAUGGGAUAUCCAGUCCCCUCGUCGAGAAGUGAACAGUUUCAUUUUUCAUGAUAGACAUAGCCGGUCGGACCAUCGGGAACUAUAAAUACGACAAAAGCGGGGAAAACAUAUAAAACACGUAAGACGCAUUAAGAACGGCAUUAAUUUAAAUUGUUUAUCGCACGGUAUGUUGAACUCGACUCUGAACUACAGUCUGCUUCAGAGCUCGAUCCUUCCGAUUGUACAGGAAUGUUCAAAUUGAAGAGCAGAAAUACUUUAGAUUAUACUUGAGAUCAACUAAAAAUUUGCUAAUUCUCUCAUCGACCCUCUCUAUAAAAAGAUAUUAAAAAUGAAAGAAAAACUUAUGUUUCUUAAAUGAUUUAUUUUAUUUUGACAAAAUCAAAUUUUUAGUUUAUCGUCAGCUAAACUUCACUUACUUUAAUGUAAUUACAAAUGACAUUCCAAACGAAAAUCGUAUAUACUGUGUUGCUGUCAAUAAAUUUGCGAUUGAAUAGCAUGGUAUUCAUCGACCCCUAAUCUACCCCCUAGAUCGGAUCGACCCCUAAUUAUAUUAUAUCGACCACUUUGAUGAUCCCUGCUCUAGAUCAUCGAUCGAAUGAAAUAUCAUCAUCGCGUGUAAUACAUGAUUCUUCUUAAAAGAAUAUUCGUGUUCGUGUGAUUUCAAACAGGGAGCAGUAUCGAUAAGAAUAAAUAUCCCCGGUCUACCUGUAGAACGUUGUUUCUGAGAGUCGAAGGUAUUCAGGUGUUCCCUUUUAGGCGCGUGUAACAGUCGAAAUCGUUCGCAAUUAUUGGAGAAACCAGCGAUAAAAUUUGUUUAUGGCACCGUGCCGCUUCCAUAACGAUCCUCCCGUACGACACUUCGCAGAUAAAGCUUUAUAUCCGAAACUCGUCGCUUUACCCGUGCCCCAUAUUUCUCCAUCCAUCUUUCCGAGCAACCUUCUUGACCAACCUCGACCGGCAACCUUCUCUGUUCCCUCUCGACGAACAUAAAAACACGCGACGGACAAAUUUUAUCCGUAAUGGUACGCGUCCCAUUCUUUUGACCCAAGGUGUAGGACUGGUGUUAUCGAAUUAGCGAAUUGAAACUGUCGUUCGGGUGAUAAAUCAUAAGUAGCUCGAUUCUUGUUCGUUGAAAUAUUUUCUUUUCUUGUUAGCGAAUGCUCGAUGAAAUUCCAACGACGGUUGACACCAGAAAAAGGGCGUCGAAAAGAAGGUAGUCGUCGGUGGUCGGAUUCGGGAGUCAGAUAGGCAGCUUCGAAAAGAGUUCGACAGCGUAUCGAGGGUAGCCGUCGAUUGGCAGCUGGCCAAUUGCUGCAAUGCCAACGGUGUGCAUUUUCGGCAAGUUAUCGCGAUAGGGAAGAAUUAAUGCCGCAGCAGGAGAGUACGGUAAAUAACCUCUUCGUUAACGUCCGCCAGACGACCGGAAUGAACACGUUUCUUCUUCUUCUUCGUCCUCUUUUUUCGUCCUCUCGUUGCUUACUCUGUUCUCGCGUGUCCCGGCUCAAGUAAAGAAUCCCAGGUAUCUCGGGAUCAAUUAGCCCUUUGCACCGUAAUUAUUUUCCUAGUUUCUUCUCGCUGAAAUAUGAUUUUAUUUUCACUUCUUCUUAUAUCUUCUCUCCGAUACGAAGGAACAGAUUACAAUUAUUUAAAGUGUAGGUAUCUAAAUUUUUUAUUGUUACGUUCAGUGAGGGAGAAGAGUUUGAAAACAUACUUUUUUUUUCAAUUAGACUUAUAAUUACUCAGCAGAUUUAAAAAAAGGAAUCGGAUCGAGUGUUUCGCGCCGAUUUACUAUCGAAGCAACGAUUCCUCGCUUAUCGAAAUAAUUGUCGAAUAAUCAAGUGACCAAGGUACACGCGUGUGCGUGUACACGAUCCUCGAUGCAAGAUAAAGGCUAAUUAACGAGCAAUUAACGCGAAGUGCCGUACGACCGGUGAAUAAUUUCUCUUCCUUCGACGCGAAACGAUUUAAUGCUGUCUCCUGCUCUCCUACGCUUUAAGAGAUACGAUUUUUUUCCUGACAUUUACCGAUUGUCAGGGAUUUUUAUUGCUUGACAAGUAUUUGUAUCAGUCAGGAGGAAAGUUUAAUUGUGAUUGAUCAUUCUUGUGAUUCAUUCGAACACUUGAUUCGAAAGUGAUCUUUUACUUCAUUAACUAUUCAUCUUAAUUAUAUUGUAUAUCUUAACCUUUAUAUUAUGUAAUUAAAAAAUCAAUUACGAAGCAUAAUACUGCACCUGCUAUUUAUACGAACAUUACUGCAUCUUUAUGGCGCCAGUCUCUUCUAUGAUUGAAAAAAGUAGCAGGAAAUUAUAUUCCAAACGUAUCCCGGAGCGAGUAUAAUCCUAAUAAGAACGUCUGUUUAAUGAAACUUCAUAUUCCGAAUACCACGGCUAACUCGCGCAGUAACUCGCGGAAUGUCAAGCCUCUACUUCAUUUAAUCGUCAUCGAGAUAUCAAUCGCGAAGUAUCCCGGUAAUGAAAUUCUCACCGCGGACCAUGGAGAGAUUCUUUACUGAUUCAUCAAGAAAUGAACAGGUUUGUUUCAUAUCUCAUCGAACUUACUUAAGAUUUAUUUUGCGAUCUCGGAUCGGAACGUGGAAGAUAGAAGAACAGGAACUAGCUGAGAAUUCGAGGUUCCUUUAAGUUUAUUUAGGCCAAAAAUUGUCGCAACUAUAUUACUCGCUUUGAACGCGAACGACGCGCUUUCACUCGUUACCCGCGUCAAGAUAUUGCUUCCCGUAAUUCAACGUUGUUUGUGCCGUCGUUGAGCUUUUGCUUGGUCGACGUACCCGUAACUCCUCGUGGAACCUCGCUGAAGAAACAUGGGAACGGGUGUGCGGAAAUUGUCACGCGCGAUUCUUGUCGCGGGGAUUAAUUUUGACCCAGCAUCAAGCUGGGUGAUAUGUGUGACGUUUCGUAUGGAAUUCUUAGUAUUCCCUACAGCCUUGCUACAACAGAGGUAGAAUCGGAUUCAUGGAAGAGAUUUAAACACUGUUAAAAGACAUCCCUUCUGACUUAUUCAUUCUUAUCAUCCCUUUGAUGUACAAUUUCAAUUGAAUGAAUUUUUGCAUAUCUUCUUCAUCGAUAAAUCUAACUCUUCUUUUAUGGUGAAUCUAAUCAGAAAAGCACUAUUACCUUAUUAGAAAACAAACCGUACGCGAGUUUGCACUUUGCUACGAAUUAUACUCGCUAUUUCUUGUAAUCUAUCUCCACGAAAUAUUUAACCCUCGGACUCAAUUUUAAUAUUAUUUUCAUUUUCGAAACACGCAUCGAACUUUAUACUUCCGACUGGCAAAAAGGAGGUGCCAAACCAUUCCACGUCCGUGCGUUCGUUUUUCUCCGGUCGAGAAUCCGGAGCGUCUCGCUCGCUUCAUUAAAUUCGAAAAAAUCGGCCUUUCAACGCGGCCCAGUUCAUCGCGGCUCGACCCUGCAGCGCGAGAAAAAAGCAUAAUCGAAAUUUAAAGGGACCCCGAUGAAGAGAACGUACUCGUGGCGAAAGCCACGUAGGUCGUCGGUGCCUUUGACGCCUACUAAUGAGCGGCUUGUGAUUAAGGGAACGCACGAGGAAUCGAUGGAAGAAUAUACUGGACGACACAAAGGACAGGCUCGUACAUUGUCUCUCUGUUCUUCCCCUCGUGCCUUGUAUUAACACUUUGAUCGUCGUACCUUUGAUCCUCGCAGUUUCAAGUGAAUCUUGAAACACCGGGAUUGCUAUAAUCUUUUUAUCGUUCGACACGAUCGAUCGCGACAAUACGUAUCCACGAUUCAUGGUAUCUCGAGGGGAGCUGUUCGCGAGCGGGUACGCGCGUGUGAGCGGAAUGUUGGUAAGUACAUAGUCGUGUUCGGCAGUCGAAGCUGGACGGGUAAACGCAUUUCUCGCGAUAGAGACGAGAAAGAAGAAAAGGAAGGAAAGAGGGAAAUCGUCAAAUUCAUUUCUUAACCGAACACGAACGAGCGCCGGACCAGCGGCAGAAGUCUUCCAAGAUGGAUAAUUACGAAUAUCCACGAGACGGAAACGGAAUCGAGGAAGAUCGGCGGCGAAAAGAGAGAUCGAAGGGAACGGAUGCUGAUCCGAUCGAGACGGAGCUGAAGGUAGAAGCACGGAAGCGAGAUGGUGAAUCGCUUUUGUAGCGGCGGGCAAACAAAUCCGACGCGGAGGCAGCGAGCGUAGGAAAGAGCGUAACUUGGAGCGGGGAAAAGAAACAUGGAAAAGAGGAAGAAAGAGAGCCGGAGACAAGGGGGCAGCCGGUAACAAACGACUCGCAAAUCCUUCCUGUCAAUUUAAUCUCGCCUCGAAUCCCGGAGAAAUGUUAAUAAGGGCCUCGCUACCAUUCCUUCCCUUUCCCUUGCUCUUCCGUUUCUUCUCCCUCGUCCCCUCUUCCUUUCUCUUUCCCGUUUCCCGGACUAUGCGUCGCGCAUGCGCGCGCGCGAGCAAACCCGCCAACGACACUUUAUUUUCGCGCAAAGAUACCGCCGCCACAUCGCGACGACCACGUGGAAAUUGUGUGCAAAGCAAGCUGCUGCUGCUGCUGCUGCUGCUUCUCCUGUUGGCUGCACCCGUCGCAUCGUUUUUCUUUCUCCAUCUUCUUCACCGGCUAUACCACUCCGUCUCUAUCUCUUUCACCAUCCUUCCGUUUUCCACUACGUCCCUACGCCGAUCCCUUUCGGCCUUCCACCCUCGUAAUUUAUCGCGGUUAUGCCCGCGCUGGAAUCUGUAGCAAACGGAUAAAGGAACACGGAGGAAAAAUACUCUUCCCACUCGCGAGAGGCUGCUCGCAAUGCUAUCGUCCCGAUUCGAUCAUUCUCUCGGUGGUACUUGCACGCGUGUUCCAAAGCUGUAUGUAAGUACACAGCGUCGCGAGUGCAGGCUGAAAAGGACGCCGGACCGACGCAAGCCUGAUACGAUGAAGAGAUUCCGUAGAGAGAUGCAAAGAACGCACCGCUACCGACCGCACUCAGAUUUUCGUGGGGAUGAAAUAGGAGUACGGUUUUGAAAGACGGAAGCGUUGUUAUUAGAAGGAAAUUUUUCAUAAUUUUUAUUGAGUUAAUUUAUGAAAAGUACAGUUCGUCAAAUAUUCAGGGCCGAUCUUGGGCCUAGGCAGACUAAGCGGCCGCCUAGGGCCCCCCAAGGUUCAGGGCCUCCAUGAAUGCAAAUCUAAAUUCGUUACACAAGCUUUAAUGUUAAUUUUAUAAAUUUUAUUUGAGGUACUUAUUUUCAUGUCAUAUAUGUGAAAGGGCUCUUUUUCGGAGCUCGUCUCGAACCCCCGAAAUCUCAGAGCCGGCCCUGCAAUUAUUAUAUGACGAGUAUGUCGUGUUCUAUUGAAAUAUAUAUCUUCAUUGCUCAGAGGAAUAAGGAAAUUCCAAAUGCAAAUGCACCGGGCACGCGUCAGCGGGAGUUCUUCUAAGCGGAUUCCUUCUUCCUUUCCGAUUCUUCUGUUUCUUCUAACGAGUACGGUCGAACACGUUAUAAUUCAUUGGAAGCAACACGCUGGUUUCUAUCCGGCUCGCAUACCUGAGAAUUACACAUUGCCCGGAUCUUCUGUCUCUCUUCGUAGACGCUUUGAUGGACAUGACGUUUUAAUAAUCUCAUUUUAAUUGGACCCGUAUGAUGUAAUCCUAACGCCGCCGUCAAGCUUAACGACGUGUAAAGUGUACGGGCACGUCCAGCAGGUAUUAAUUUCUUAUUUGCUCUUAGAAACGCGUAACAAAUUCGGUGUCCUAAUGAUCCUCGCGUACUCGUCUACGGUAACGAUAAUUAACUACGCUUUUUUUUCCCCCACCCUAUCUCUUUCUGUCCAUAGAUGAAAUAUUUUUCUUCGUUCGAGCGAACGCGGACGGAAAAGGAAGCCGAUCCGGCUGUCGAUAAAUCUCAAUCUCACACGGAAACUCUACUUGUUUGAAAAUAGAAGCAACACCAAAUACCGUAUAAAGGAAAAUGCUUCAUGAUACCAAUUAGGACGCCACUGAAACCUAGUUUCUGGCUAAUGUCUGCUCGCGAAUAAUGUUUAUGAAGUUUUCUAUUUAUAGUCGUUAACAUUUUUCGUAGUCUGAUUGCGAAAUGAGAUCUGAUUUCUAUUGGCAUGGAUUAAGGAGUAAGGGUUGGUCCGCGGCAUAAAUCAACCCUGCACGAAAUUAUCCCGAAACGUCUAGAAUCAGAGUGUGCUUUUAUCGCGUUUUAAAUGGAUUUUUGGCACCAUCCCCGAUUCGAAUGGCCCUCAAAUGUAUUUCCGCAUACCCGCGGCAGUCUGCUUCAAUGUCUGUCCCCGUUGACCCCUGAAAUUUCCGUCGCGUCCAGAUCUUUCCUUACUUUUCUUCUCGAAGAAUCAUUAGAUCGAAUCUACAACACCUAAUAAAUAAACCCGCUACCGACGCGCGCGAUGACAUAAUUUGUACAAAUUGCUCGGCUCAUGAUUCGCUUGAUCGGUGCAUGCUUUGCCAAACCACGUAUGCCCGUGUUUUUCGUUGCGUCAGCAAAACUCGAGUGGUUUUGAACCCGUGACAAACUGCAAAUUUCCCGUUUUCAAGACGCGUUGCUACUUUACGAGAUCUCGGCGAAGCAGAAAAUUGCGAAGCGGGACUGCUUUAUCUCGAUCUUCUAAGUAAACCCGUCAGAUUUCUGACACUUUAUGUCGUUGCUUUGCAUCUGAGUGGAAGCAGACAUCACAGGCGUAUCAAAAUUUCAAUUUUUCAAUUCUUAAUUAAUUUUGUCGUUGCGUUUUGCGAAUGUCCAACGGACGCGGUGCAUAAAAUCGCGUCUGCAAGCCAAAGCCGUUACCUUACUUAACGCUUCGAACGUGCAAGCUCGAAGCUCGGCGUAAACGCGCCAUCGAGAGGAUCUAUUGUUAGCCUAGCCGAAGCGUAAAGCCAAACAUUCUUUCAUACCGUAUGUGGGUCGCCAUCCACGCGAUCUACGCACGAUUCCAUUCCUUCCUCGCCGCGCCGCGCUGUUUGCGUUCGCUCGAAUCCGCUCGAGCGUCGGACGAUUUCGCUAGGUAAAUAGCGUUUCAACGGCGAAAGGUUAUCGCUGGCGCCAACCACCGGUCCGUGAAAUUUAUUUCCCGACCAAUGAAAUUAGAGAGGACGCGAUUCGUAUAAAAGUGCGCACGGUGAAAUAAAUCUUGCGUGCGCGCCUUUCGACGCGACUAGUCGCCCGUCUGCCUUCGCCGUCUUGAAUAAUGAUGAGAGUAGUUCACUGACAUACUCAUUAAUAUCGGUAUUUAUUCAGUUUUCAGUCCUCGUAUCGCUUUGCUAUCAAAUAGGUAUACGAAUAAAUUAUGUCGAUGUUUAGACACGUUUGUUGAUGUCUCUCGUUAAUAGUACGGAUACGAUAAUUGGAAAAUCAAAUUAUCACUGACCGCGAAUGAAAAAAUUAUUUUAUUGAUCAUUCGUUUCGCGAUGGCUAAUCAAGGUAUUCGUAAUUUUCUCCAUGAAUCUGUUUCGUGACAUUUCUUGCUUUCUCUUGUUGCACUUCAAAAGAGAUCUCAAUCGAGGAAUCGAUACUUUUCGAGAACAGAGGUGUAAAUUAGUUGCGUCGCGGGGCAUUCAUAAGAGUAUCUCCAAGAAUAUCCCUCUUUAACCGAGCAAUUUAUGAACUGACGAGUUGGCCUGCGCAUUGUCGCAAAUAACGCGCGUAUUCUGUUUCGAUAAUAAAGAACUUCAUAAUUCGCAACGUGGGCGUAAUUGACCCGCGUUACACGGUGCUUUGUGUUGUAAGCAGUGUUCGAAACGCGCGGAUAAAGCGGUCGAAAGUGUUAUAAUGUUGCGAGACGCGCACGCAAUACGGCGCAACUGUAAUUGCCCAAUAAACGAAACAAACAGCAGAAAAGAAAAACAAAAGAUUGAAAGAAAUAAAACGGUUGAAGAUGACAAGAGGGAGGAGGAAAUAAAAAGGAAAAGAAAGGAGAGCCACCGGCAGGGUUUAUUGGAGACACUUGGGUUUAUACGGCAGCUUUUACUGCACUACCGUUGCACUCUCGUGCUCGUCCGACCCAUUGAACGCCAAAAUAUAUUGCCGAUAAAUACAGUUUUAUCAUCGAGGAAUUUUAAGUGGUGGUGCCUCUGUAUGCUCGCCGUUGUCCGAUCAACCUCCACGCUACAUAUUCUUUUCCACUUCUUUCUCUCUCUUACUCGGUGCCCGUGAUUUCGCGUUCUUUGCACAACACUAUUCGAUCCUCGGCUCGAUUCCGCGAGCUGACGGACCGAAAUUAUUUUACGAUCCGUUCGCGCCGCUCUUAAUUCCCCAGGGCACGCUAAACGAGAGCGUUUAAGCGGAAAAACCGUAAAUUAACGCGCGAGAACGAGGUAAAUCUCUCGGGAGAUUCGUUUCCAACCAGUUACCUACCGCUUCGAACACGAUCGCGCAUCGACGAAUGUCGUGCGGGGUUAAUAAAAAAUCAGACCUGAUUUUUUCCUUUUUUAAUUAAAAAAUGAGAAAUUAUGUCACGGAAAAUGUAUGCGCCCCAAAAUACAAAUAGGAUGUUGUCUCUCCGGUGGCAUUUCUCCUAUACAUGAAUUUCUGAAAUGUCAAACAGAAGCGAAGCAGGAAUAUCGAAGAGGCGAAGGACUUUCAAUGGUCUUUCGACUGAACGAGCCUCUUCGAAUUCCAGUGGCGUAUCUGCGCGUCGAGGCGCAACACCCACAAUCAACUAGUUCAGGUGGCUUCUGUUUACAGGCCACUUGAAGCGGUGGCUGCAACCGAUACUUAUCGUAAUAUGGAAAGCCGGCUCUGAAAAAUCGGUCAAGUGUUCGUUGAGAAAAUUUUAACCCCGUUUACGCGUGAGAAACGAUCUUUUAACUCGAACCCUUGCGCUCUUCUAACGGAGCUGUUCCUCGGUGCUCCACGAAUGAACGCGUGACUGUUGCGGUGAGAAUGACCAUACGCGGUAUUACGAUAACGAUUUAGAAGUGGUAAAAUUAAUCGUCAGUCUAAUAGUCAGCGAUCGUGUAUCGGAUGACUUCAUUAGCGAUUAACAGCGUUCUGAUCGGUUCAGCGACGAUCGUUUUCGAUGCGUUAACAACGUCCGUAAAGGUCGAUUAAAGCGGGAGGAAGGCUCAUCUCGGAUCAUUUAAAUCGCUCAUAAAAGGUGGCCAAAGUGGUGAGACACGGGUCCCGAUGCGGAAUUGGCGGAACCGUUAGCCGUGGCACGGCGAAAAUUGCGACCAGUCACGGGGGCAAAACCUCGUGCGAAACAUUCGUUAACAUUCCCAACACUCGGUAAUGAUCGUCGUGUAAGAAGCUACGGUGCAACAUUCGCCGACAGGCCAUUGCAACGUUCUCAGCUCGUAAGCAGCGCGUUAGAAAAUUAAUAGAACGACCUCGACUGGUAAUCGAGCAAAAAAGAUAACCAACUGACUCCUCCUCCUUCUACUUCUUCUUUUUAUUCUUCCUGCUGACAGGAACUCCUCGAGCUUCGUGUCGCUACCGGUUUAUCAUACAUAAAUUGGGGGGAGGUUAUUAUCGAUCGACGUACGCCUGAUUGCUAAUUAACACGCGAAGAGGCGUUGUUCAAUCGAUCGACGGAGGAAGAAGGUGUUUGAGGAGCUUGUUCCCCAUGUAGAAUCAAAGUGUCACGUAUAAUGUUGUUUGUCGAGGCUUCCGUGUUUAACUUUUCCUAAUGUUCCUAUUAAUUUUCACGUUGAUUAACUUUGACGUCUAGUUGCUUGAUCGAACGUCGUUUUUGAUGCCAGGUAUCGGCUGAGGAUGGAUGUAUUAGCGGUGGAAUAAUUGAAAUAUUAUAAAUUCGUAGGGACACCCUCAUGCCUCUAUGAAUUUAUGCAAAAUAUGAUGCAGCGCUUCUUUUCGAAUGAAUCAAAAUAAAAUGAAAGGGAAGCUUGCAGAUUUAAAUCGAACACGACUUCGGCAUCAACGACAGAGUCUCUCGACUCGAGUCGUUGAGAAUCUCGAAGUGUCAUUGGAUUUUCAACAGGUUGGACUUAAUGUUCGAGUGGUGGGUCGGAUUAUCGAGCAGAAGGAGCGGCUUGUCGUUAGACGUUAGCCGAUGUCGUUGCAUCGAUCAGUCCCACGGUUCGUAGCCGUGUAAUAAGCGGAUAAGGGGAGUGAUGCGACAAUCGGAACGAUUUGUCAACGAGAAAUUCUCUUCCUCUCGUUCGCCGCUGGCCAAGUCCUAUUUCUUUAAUCCACCGGGACGACCGAGCCACCUGUCAAUAGGAUUCCUCUUCGAGACGCGUCGGCUUACGAUUCUGCGUGAUUCGUUUCGAUUCGAACGCGUGUAUUUCCGCUCGAAGCCUUGAAUGUUGCGGCCUCCUCGAACUUGUCAACCGCUCUCCUCACGGAUCGCAAAGUAAUCGUCUUUUGAUUCAUGAAGUCUGUCCUUUUACUCGAGUUUCGCAUCAUGUUAACUUCUUCAUUUUACUCUCAAUCUUAUUUCCAUUUUAUUACCGCACAGGGGUUUUGCGAAUUUUAGCGUUGCACUCAAAGUGUUAUGGCCAGCAAACUUUUGAUUAAAAAAGUUGCAAGCUUAUUGCAUCAAGAUAGCAGCUAAUUGCAGCGAACCUUGACAAAUAUUACAGAACGUAAUUUACACUCUGAAGAGCGAAACUGUGUUAACACCGAACAUAAGAAAGUUUGCAAGAUCAUAAGUCUGUCCUUGACGAGAUCUUCGCACCUCAACGUGUAACCUCUGUAUUUUUCAUUCAUAAUAGCGUUAGUAUGGAAACGAAAAAGAUGUCAUUUCCUCUUUUCAACCGGCGCCUAUUAGACGCCGAUUGCUUUCGAGUUAGCUUUCUAACGCGUUACGAGAUAGCAGGGUUCAAAAGUCCGGAUGACGCCCUUCUGGCGCGAUGGGCCGUGGACGUAGGCGAAGCCGGACGUUGUUUCGGUAACCGGCGAAAACGUUGGCCCACGUAGGCGGUAGCGAGCAAUUCCGAAAUCGAGUUUUCGAUUUACAAAACACACGUGGUGGGCGAGCCAGGACCGAUCGACAACCAACACGCCACGGUUGUUCGCCAGCACAAGUAUUUCGAGCCCCCACCCUAGCGCCAACUUAUCAUGGACGAAUCACCUGGCGUGGGCGAUCACUUCCGGUCAAAUGGUCCUACGAUCUGGUCACUUUUUUUUGAAGAAGAUCAAAAUUGGCCCAGAGUUUUUCGUCAGGCGUGGUAUAAAAAGGUGAUACCUUGUGAAGGUGGAUGUAACGAGGCUUUGUUUUUAUGGAAAUCAGAGCUUUAUGGUUUACAGAGUGUCAGGAAUCGAACCGUUCUGCUAUUUUCGAUAUACAAAAUGUUACCUGUUUCAUCCUUUCGCGAAUCGACACGAGCGUUGAUAAUCUUCAAGUUCUUCGAAAUGAAUAAAUAUAGAAGACGUCUACUAACAACAGACAGGUCUGGACGUCUCGAGGAUGCAAACGGAACAGAUGAUCGUUUAAGAUUCCGUCGUCGUUUCGCGGAAGUCCGAACUUCCUCGAGGGGUUUUCGGGUUCCCUGUUCAUCGGGUAAUCCUAUCACGCGCCGUGUUCUCUUCGCUUUCGUGUACUUUUUUACAGCUCGUGUUCAACGCCGGAUAAUCGUUUCUUCGCGACACUGCUCGUGGCCGGGUGCACGUGCAACGAGGCACGAAUUUAUGAUUCCUCCUUUACGAGCCGCUUUUUAAAGUACCCGAGGAGAGCUUUUCCUUCCGGUUAAAAAAGUCGUGCACGCGAUGCACUAUUAAUACGACCAUUAGCAUACGAUCUCCUUCGUUCGGUCUGCUAUAAAUACCGAUCGCGCAAUCGAGAGUAGUCCCUCGUUUCGUCAUCCUCCCUCGAUGACCUUAAAGCCUCCUGGCUCUCGUCUCGACGUUGUCUCAUCUGUUCCCUCGGGAUAGAAACUAAUUUCAUUCGUCUGAAACGUAAGAAGUGGACGAGGAGGAAGAAGACGCGGAGAAGUCGAUCAGGGUUCGGUCAUUCGUUGGUCAGGCGAAAAAUUCGCAGUAGUAAAGCACAAGCUUGGUACGCCACGGCUCGUUAUCAAUCGUGCGCGGUAGAGCAUACGAGCUAACUCGGGGCACGCGCCUGGCGGGGUCGUAGGCCGCCCCACCCCUGUUCUUCGCGCUCCCUCCUCCAAAGUUGAAGAAAGAGGGCCCGAUCGAGAGAGAAAACCGAGUCCCCCACUCCAACGGGCCGCGGAACGGGGCCUGCGGGCCCAGUCCUCCCACUCGAACCUGCGAACCUCCCUCUCCACCCGCUUCCCGCCCCUCCAUAACUGAUUCCCGCAGUCCUCUACGAUUCCCCUCGACCCGCCUCUGCAUCGUUUUGCACUCGCAGCACGGGAUACCACGACAGUGACUGUCUCUCUCAUCUUUUCCGUCCUUUUCUUUCGAUUUCUCUGCGGAAUCUUUUUAACCCCUUGUUGACGUGCCCACCUUUCCUUAGUACGAGUAUUUCGGCAAACUUGUCGCAAUCGAAACCCUGUCAUAACGCCGCUAUAAGCCUGUACAACGGGUUCAUCGAUCGUUUGUUGAUGUUUACCGUCGCAGCUGGAGAAUGAUCCUGCAUUCGGUUGGAUCAGUAUGGAGGGGUAUCAUUGUCCCGUUGCACGCUCAUUCCUGGUACGGAUACGCAAGUCGCGACAGGGGAAAAAAGUCGCAUCACCUUGCACACUAAUGUGUGAGGAUGUUGCCGAUAGGGGUACUUGCAGCAAGCGGACAUCCAGGUUUACGCGACGCGCGUCUCGUCGGUUCACAGGUAUACGCGUCGAUCGCGAGGAAGGUUUUCGCGUUCCCUCACCAACGAGCGAGAGGCCUCUCCCUUCGUCGCGGCGUUGGGCACGGUGUCACGGGCCAGCGGUCGUAAUGCGGCCCACACGCGCGCUCACCACACUGGCGCGCAAAUCGCAUAAACACGCGCGCCGACGCAUACACGCACGGUGGGGUAGAGACGCAAAGCGACGAGAAGCGGUCCUACCUCCUGCAGGGGACCGUGUCACGUGGCCCCCAGGCCGUGUAGCAGCACGCAGCGCACGGGCUGUGCUCUCUCGUGAGCGGCGCAGACAACACCAGUCAGAGACGAGCCGAGAGACCGGGCGCAGAUCGCACUCUCUCCCAGCAAGCGCGUGCUUUCUCCCUCCCUCUCUCCGCCUCUCUCUCCCCUUUCUAUCCCUCUCUGUUCCGUCCGUCCGUUCGUCCGUCUUUCUCUUGCUCUCUUUUUUUUCCCCCGUUUCUAUUUCGCUUUGUACAGCGACACCGUUCGAUCGGAGAUACCGAACGAUCGCCACCCCCGCGUACUCGCUCGCGAGUGUUUCGACCGGGCCAAAGCGUACAGCCGCGAGUCUCGAGUGCUCCGCCACGUGCUCGGCGUCACAGCGACCCCAAGGUGCACCAGUGUGUAUUUAUAGUGCGAACACGAUCACCCUAGUGGCCGCGUGUCACACCGCGCAACAAAGCUCCCUCUUGGGAUUCGACACGAGUGAAGGAAAGUUUUCGUGGGUGACCGAAUAAGCCAAGUUGCACCGCCCGACCGGAUUCUCGCUUCUGGAGUGUUGCUUCUUUUGUGGAUCCGGCUAAAAGCUGGUGGUGUUCUACCCGAAACCUUAACCAACGGGAUAGUGGUGUCUUGUGCAUCGAUGGUGCGUGUCAUCGUGUCGUUCUCGUCACGGCCUCGACGUUGAAACGGGGCCUCGCCUAACAUGCUCUUGCUCCAUCGCCGACGCUCCGGCUGCUCAUCGCGGAUGAAGCUGAAUGGUGUGCAUCUUGUUCUUACCUCGUCGGUAGCUUGAUCUCUAGCCAGUAUCAUGCCUCUGCUGGAGCUUGACGUUGUUGUGCACCCCACGAUCAGUGAAAAACCAAAAUAGUUCGGUAUCUAUUCUCAAGUGACGUGCACCACGUUCAGUGAUUUCAAUGCUUCAGCUUUGGUCGAUAAGUCCUAUUACUUACAACGAGCAUCCAAUGUUCGAACAACGAGUAAACAUUUUUACGACGUCGGCGUGCUUAAACGUUGUCGGCAGUUAAAACCGCGUAUCAAAGCCGAAGGGUUCGCGUAAACUCGUUAAAAGGCACGAGGCCCGCCGGCCGAGCGUGACACUGUCGCGUUCCGUCGAAGCCGGACGAGUUUCGCGCCAUCCGACCCUAACGACGGGGCUAAUGAUCCACGGAUAAUUAAAGAGUGCGCUCGGGAGGCAAUCGUCGUUAUUGCUUCCGUGUCCCCGGCGACGAUCCGCCUCGCGUGCGCAUUUUUCUCGCGCCCUGCAUCGAGCUGGCUGCUUGAUCUUUAUAGCCAUUAGUCCCUCUCGACUCGGUUCGUGCUUUUUUACGAGCGGAUUUCACGCGUUCCGAAUACCCCGUGACUCGAUCGAUUAAUUCAAAAUCAUGCUCGGUAUAAACUUUGUAAUUUCUUCAUUAAACGAAGCAUGAAAAAAAAAUGUCUGGGUCCGCGAAACCGAGUGUCCGUGGGCAUCAUCGUUCGAAUAAAUCGACGGGGCUAACGAGUGGUCGGACAGAAAUUUAUGACAUGGCGGAUCCAGGAUGCAGCGGAAGGCAGUUCGAUAAAUAACGCGUGGAGACGCGACGAUGACGAGGAUCGAAGGAACACGUGGCCCGCGUCUGUGGACGGGUCGGCAACGGGCUUAAUGAAGCGAUUCCUAUCGGUUCGCCAGAAUCUGAUAAUUAAAUCACCGGCCAGCUCUCGUCCCCCUUCGGCCCGAUAUUAAUUGAAUCGCGAUCGGAUUCGAUCUGCCUCGUUUCGCAAACGUGCCUUCGCGACGGCUUAUGACUCGGCCACGCACCACCGUUAACUUUCUGAUCGUCAGCGCGAUUUCCACUUGCAAACGCGGAGCUUUUUAAUCCUUCGCCGGGGAAUUUCGAGAGUAACGUAUUCGCUUGGCGAUUAAUUGGACCGGACCUCGUUAGCCCUGCUUUCUCGAUGAAAUUCGACGUUGGACGUGUAACUCUUGUCCUUCCAAAUUGAAUCGAACAAUUUCGUCUUUCGCUCGUUUCGAUUCAUUCUCAACAAGUGCAAUGACGCCAGAAUUAUGAGUAAUCGUUUGUUUAUCAAUAUACAAGCUUUUAUUCCAGUCAGUGGAACUGGGCUACUGCAUGUUUUAUAAGUUUCGCUUUCACCAUCGGGUUUCGGUGAUUUUCUCGACCAACCGUUGCCUCUUUUUUCGUGAAUUUUCUUCCAGCAUUGAAAAUAAAAUUUUGUAGGAUCUUAGAAAGAAACACUUUCGAUUGCAAAGGGUUAUCGAAACCCAGUGUGUUGAUCUUUAUUAUUGAGUCGUAAAGAGGACGAUGAAUUUUCAGUUUCAUUGGGUCGAGUUUCGUGAAAUCGUGAAUCGUUGAUUGUCAGUUGUCGAGCGAUACGAUCGAAAGGUACGUCGCAUAGGAAUCGUACAAGGAGCGGAGGAUAGUGUCCGAGGUGUAUCGGGGAUAAUCGUUGUGUUCCGUUUCGAGCACCGGUCGAGCGACGUUCAAGAGCCGCGAAUAAAUUCGUGCGCGAGAACCGUAGUGAAAGAUCAUGAGAAGAUCGGCACGAUCAGAUAAGAAUCGACGGUACUCGGGGGCUGAUGGGUCCGUGACGACGAACAGAGUCUUUGGAAAUGCGUGUCGAGGCCGAAGCUGAGCCGCCAGGAAGCCUCGUGGGAGGGGCCAAGCAAUUCCUCUCCGGCCACCUCCGAGGGUCCGCUUUGCUGUCCGAUUUCUCUUUCGCAACCCUCUUUUACUUUUUUACCCGUCAAACGCUCCCUUUUAUCGUUGUCUUUACCACCUAGAUAGCACUAGUUUUCUAAUCUCUUUACCUCCGACGGAGCUCUUUUUAUUUCUUUAACCCACCACGUAGAGAAAGAUAAUAUUCAGUAUCAUGAACUAUUUAGCUACAAGUAAAUUAAUUAUACCAGUUAGCCACGAUUUGCUAUGUAAAAGUGGAAAGGGACGACGAACAGUUGUCGGGGACCACCUUAGAGCGAGGUACUGAUGCACUUCGAGGGGCGCGACGCGUUAAUUUCGUAACUCGAUAAGUCAUUAAGGUAACAAAUAGCGCUAUUAACCCAGCCACGGUUAAUUAAGCGGGGCGUUGUAAACGGCAGAAAAGCGUCGUGGAUUAAUGGUCGCUGGAUCGAAUUGCCGGGUCCACCGGUUAAUAACGAUGUCCACGAUAAGUAGGUUGAAAAUCGAGACGCAAAUGUUUCGCGAUCGCGUUAACGAAUAUCUUGAUCCUGUUUUUCGACCGGUGCGCGGCGGUUUUAUAACAAGUGAUUGCGGUAAUCGAGAGUAACUUGCACGUGAUCCAGGGUAGAAAUAAUCCGGUAAAAUUCAUUAUAAUUACACAAUCGGUCCGAUGCAAACAUUACUAUUCCAAUAUAAUUUAGAAGAAAUAAAUUAAUUUCAAAGAUGAUAUACACAAAGCGUACGAAUGAUUUUGAAACGGUUGUUAAAAAUCGCGUCGGACGUGGAAGCGAUUAAACGAGCAAUAUCGAGAAUCUUGCGACAAAUUGCGAAACGAUUAAUAAUAUAGGAUUCGCGUGAAAGGUAAACGGGAAAAUAUGCGGCUCGGUGGGCGACUGAAGCUCUGCGGAUAAUUAAAAAUGUACAUAAUAAUCGUCCGAGCGAAGGGGCAAGAAAAUCGCGCGAUUACGUGGGCGCUUAUUUAGUGCGUACGGUCACUCGUAUCUUCGUGCGAGCUGGGGCCUUUAAUAAUUUCGGUGUUAAUUAAACGGACCCGGUGCGUGGGUGCGGGGCCGUGUCGCGUCCAGAAUGUUCGAAUGUGUUUUGUCAACUUUCACUGGAAGCUUCCAACCUUCUCGUGUACCGUGUUUUAAUGCUCUCCCGAUGAUGGUUAUUAAGUCGCGUUGACGAAAAGCAACAUCCGGUGGCGAAACUUUUGAUUUUUUUUCUUCUUUCUUUUUUUCGCCUUCAUUGCAGAUGUUACGUUCACGCGCAGUACCGUGUUGCGGGCAUCGAAGUCUCCGCUCGAGCGGUGAGAUGGCUUGCCCGAACACUUUGAUUCUCGUUGCGCCUAUUUUUAGGAGAACGAUCUUACACGAUUGUAAAUAAUUUUGGCAAAUACUUGAAAGUGUAUACAAUAGACAAAGGUGAAUAUCGUAAAAAUAAUGAGCUAGAUUUAUUGAAAAUAAACUCACUUAAGCAUGGCAGUGAAAUGCGUUAACGUGGCUAUAAAUCAGUUUUUAUACGUUCCACUUCUAUAAAUCAGACUAUAUGUUGUUCUUAGAAAAUUUAAAAUAGCAUAAUGUAACUUCAGACCUUGUUAUACUAUCUUACGUGACAGCUUGAAACGACUCCUGUCUGAUCUGAGGGCAUAUAAAAUAAAAAUUCAUGGCCGACAGAAACGCGUGACUGUAGUUUCUCAUCAACCCUUGAACGGCGGACCAUGGAGAGAGCUCCAAUUUUAAUUUAAUUUCGAUAUUUCAUAUUAUUUUCUAAAUUUGGCACAAUUUCUUUAAUUAAAAUACAAGCUCUUCUUCUAUUUUAAAACUUUCUUAAUGUCUCUGAAAUCUCAGCUCCGAAUUUUCCGCACUUGGGCAAAGGAUUUUUUUCACGUUGCUUUCACUGUCGUCGAUUUUUCUGAAUGGGCAAUGGCCGACGGGCAAGCGUUUGCCUCUCACGUUUUCGAAAGUUCCACGAAGCGCCUCCAUCCUGCUGUGUUUCCCGGCACCGUCGAUAAUUCACCGUAAUUUCGCGUCGUGCGACGACGAAUACCGCCCACGCGUCCAACCGAACAAAACAUACAGAAAUAAAAAAGAAGACGAACGAACAAGAGCAGCAAAGAAAUGUCCUCGCACAUUGCCACCCCAAGCUCUAUUAAUUUGAGACGAUUAGGCCAACCGAUACUUGCCGCUAAUUGUCCGCGGGACCGUCGCCUUCGAGGGGGCAGAGAUCGAGGAUUAAUUAAAUUGAAUUAAGCUUAAUUAGCCGUGACCAUUUGGUGACCGUGUUAGAGAAAAGUCCCGCGAAACGAACCGAACAAACAUCUACCAAACCCGUUUUACUCAUUUUUCUUCCCCAUUUCUUUUUUCUUUCAAAAAUUAAAACUACCCUCUUUGAAAUGGCUCGUAAAAUGUUUCUCUAUCUUGUUACCAUUAGUAACAAUUGUGGUGAAACACCCUGUAGGUGGUGAUUUGAGUCGCAUAGGCGGGGUCUACUUAACCGUGCAACAUUAUUACUGCUCACCAGCAGUAUGCAAAAAGCUUACGCGAUCGUGAUUUGUCAUCUGCGUCGAUUAGGCGUAGUUACGAAGCCGGUUUGCUUAGUCAGAAGAUUCGCACUAGUCGCAGAAAUCAGUGUUGCGAGGACUGUUAACGAGAUAAAGGUGAAAUCAAUUGUCGAGCAAAGUGAAAACGCGUGAAAUUCAAACUGAGCCCACCUCGUCGAGCAAUUAAGAGGGAGCCCGGGUGAAAGUGUUAUAUCACAACGAGCCGAUUGUUCAAAUGUUGACGAUCAAUUAAGCACCGGUCCCCCCGAUCGCAAAAAUGUAACCGCGGAACGAAGUAGCUCGUAAAAGUGUCGAGAAAACAAGCUCCAGCUGAGGCUACGAUCACGAAGAGGAUCAGGAAACUGGCUACCAUAUCCUCGGAACCGCCAAUUGUUGGAGUGUCAAGCAACGCGACGAGGAGUGGAGGAACGAAUUUUCGUCAACGACAUCGUUAUCGAGACAAAAGGAUUGUAUCUAGUCAGUGCAUCUGGAGAACGGGAUCAGCUGUGAUAACACGUCUUCGUGUUUGUGCUCGCGAAGUGUCGAAUUUCAGUUGGUGAGAGUGGAAAAAGAAAAGAAUCGAUGAAAACGAAAAAUAACUUUGUGAAAUUUUGAACAAAUAGUAAUAUAUAUAUAUUCGUGUUUUAACACGUUGAGAAGGUUAUUUAUUGAUCGUUUAAUCAUGGUUACCUUGGACACCGAACAGAAGCCCGAAAGGCAGCACUGUGUGCGCCGCAUGUGCGCCAUUUGUAGGCGCAUCAAACGAGAUAAAGCGUUGAAGGUGAAGCUUAUGCUGAGGCGACCCAUCAAUCAACUAGUUGCGCAAGGCAUCAUGCCGCCCCUGAAGACACCGCCGGCGUUCCACGAGCAGCGUAAACAGUUGGAACGAGCGAAAACUGGUGACCUGUUGAAGGCGAAAAUUCAGCAGAGACCAGGCAGGGAAGAGCUGGUUAGGCAGCACAUCCUUGAGGAUGUGGGUCACGUGGAUCCGAGCCUGGCCGAGAGGCAACGUAUGCUGAAGAAGGCCAGGUUAGCCGACCAGCUGAACGAUCAACUCAGUCAUCGACCCGGACCGCUCGAGCUCAUCCAGAAGAAUAUUCUGCACACGGAGGAGCCCAUUGAAAGGGCGGUCAAAGAGGGUCACAUUCCCUUCAAGGCGACCUGCGAAGGCCAGGUAACCAAGCCUCAACACCCGGACCAUUACAUCACCUUCGAGGACGACUCUCAAAGUUCCGAGGGUGCACCCUCCCCGCAGCUGGAGUCCAGGUCGGACGUUCUGGAAACGGCGGCUGCCUCUGCGGGCAUAGUGACUGUUUCUCUUAGUAUUCCAACGACCGGCGGUGCGGUGGUCGUCUCCUCCACGUCACCGGUGUUCCAGCAAGCGUCCGGCGAGUCGACGAUACAGACGUUCGCGGAAUUGUGCAACACCGUGGUCGGUUCUCAGCAACAGCAGCAACAGUCGCAGCAGCAGGCUCAACACAACCAACAGCAUGCAUCGACGCAGGCGAGUCAGACAAACGGUCCAUCGACGACCCUCCUUCCACUGGCGCCGGCGCCCAGUCCGAUGUCCUUGGGCUCGACCACGUCCAGCCUGAGCCCCCUUUCCAAUAUCUCGAUAGCGUCGCCACCGGCACCACCGCCGGCUGCCAUCACACCGAGACCACAGCCUAGCCCCAUAGCAGCGUCCGCGUGUCAAAGGACCGAUGCUCCUGGCAAGGAUAAGAACAGGAAGAAGUCGAAGACCAAAAGUCAACCGAAAACGCGUACCAUCAAGUUCCACGAGUACAAAGGCCCUCCAAACGCGCAAAAGACGUCGGUGUCGUCCACCACUUCCGGUCUCGGUUCGGCGCCUCCCGGUGAGACCAGCUACGAGCUUCUCCUUCAGCAACAGCAGCUCUUCCUGCAAUGGCAGCUCGAAUGGCAGCACAAGUAUCCUCAGAUCAUUCUACCGGCGGCGCAAAAACCAUUGUCCCUGAACAGCAGCGGCGCCAGCGACGCUGGAAGCAUCAGCGGGAGCAGCGUGAAUGCCCCGAGUCCGGCGCCCUCGAAUUCCUCCAAUAACCCCUCGGAACAGCCUCCGUUGAGGCCUCUGGGCAAGUUGGAGGAUAUGAAAGUAAGUGAUCUCAAAGUGGAAUUGAAACGUCGAAAUUUGCCGGUGUCUGGCUCGAAGCCACAGCUGAUCGAGCGAUUAAAGCCGUUCACGGAAUCGUCCAGCAGCAAUUCGACGUCCAACUCGAAUGGACCGCACGUGACUCAUAUGGGUCACAUAUUGAUGGACACCCCGGGACCAAUGACGUCCGAUGAGUCUAGUUCGCAUGCCAAGAGUCCUGGCUCCACUGUUAAGGAUGAACCCAACAGUCCACGGAUGGAUUCUCCGCAUGGCAGCGAACACGACGACCCAUCCAGUCCUCCAGGAGACGAAAUUAUCAAAGAGCAGAGAAAGCGAAUAGAAGAGUUGCAACGAGAGUUGUAUAAAUCUCAGCAACAACUUCAGCAAAUUCGCCAGACCCAGCCGACCACCGUUCACGCUGAGAAACUAGUGCUUCAGCAACACAUACAGAACAAGAUGCAGCAACAACAGCUGGCUUUACAUUUGCAACAGUUGCAGCAUCUGCAACAACAGCAGCAGCAACAUCAACAGCAGCAGCAGCAGCAACAACAGCAACAACAGAAUCAACAGCAGUCACAACAGCAAACCCAACAACACGCCACGUUCCAACAACUGAACGCAAAGGCAAGCCUCGCCGCGUUCUUGCAAGCACAACCAAACAACACCACUGCCAUUCUCGACUCGUCGGCUUUGACCGCGAUCAACAACAAGAAGAAUCAGACGAAGAACAGCGCUACUGUACAGAUUCCAGCUGCGAUCGUUUUCAAUCUGCCAAAACCUACGAAAUUGAACGGUUCGUUGUUGAGUGCGUUGGUAGCGCAGGCGCAAGCUCAACAACAACAGCAACAACAACAGCAGCAACAGCAGCAAGCUAUUGCGUCUGAGGAGGGCAAACCACCGCCACCUCAGUACGACGAAGCGGCGAAACUUCUAAAGGUAAAGAUCGAACCAGUUCAAAAGAGCCACAUCAAAAGUCAAGUCGUGGACGACGUGCUGGAGAUCUUAAUCAAGAACGGCGAACUACCACCGAGCGCUGCCCAGGACCCAGCCACUCCUACCACGCCCAACAGGCAACUCCAGCAGAACCUGGUGUUCACAGCGCCGGCGGACAGUCAGACCCACUCGUUGGUUUUCACCGCUGCUAGUCCAAUCAGUCCGAUCAGCCCGAUCGCGAUGGAGGUUUCCCAGAGCGAUUGCGUGAGUUCACCGGCGCCGGCACCACCGCCACCGCCUCCAUUGCCUUUGGCCACGUUCUCGAUUCAAUUACCCACUGCGUUGCAACAGUUGCAGCAACAGGAGGAGAUCACCUCGUUCAACACGGACCUACUGAACACCGAGGGGGACCUGGACACCGCGAUGCUGCUCAGUCCUCAGUCGACUCAACAGACGUCGCCUGAUCCUCAACCCCCGCAGGAAGUCACCUCAUCGGACAACGCAAACUUAGACCUUAAGGAACUUGAACUAGACCUAGAGACCUUAGAUACAAUGGACUUCAGUCAAUUGGAGUGCGAUCUAGGAGUGAAAAUGGAAGCGCCACAGGAACUGAUGGACAUCGGAGACAUGCCCAUGGACAUGGACGACCCAGAUUGGUUAGACUCUUUGAUGCCACAGUCACCUCCGACCGCUUCCACGACUGUUUCCAAUCAUCAACCGCCUCCCACGAGCAUGUCGAGCGGAACGGAUAUAUACGAUCCGUUGUUGGCCAGCAGUCAGGACCCGUUCGAUUUGUUCAACAUGGAGGAUUCCGACUUCAAGAUGUCGUCCGAUUUGUCGCUUACCUGGGACAAAGUCGACUUCGCGACCUAGCCCGAGUUUCCCUCGUGGUGCUCGGCCCUGUGUACUUAACUCUUGUCAACGGGAAACCGGGAAGACUAAUCGCGAAACGCGGAAAGACGACGGGGCAGAGUCGGCCCACGUGCUACGCGUGUUGUGAUCAAUCUGUGACCCGUUUGGUGCAUUUUAACGAAUCGUUUCGCGGAUACUUGCCUCUGUUCUGUUCUCUGUUAGCAAUUCCAGCCCCUCCCCCGUGGACAUCCCGUGAACACUGAAACGUACUUACGCUUCGCAUAUCGAGCGGAGAGACUUCCGCUUACGAACUAGGAGUAAAAUAGCUGUACAAUUGUCACGAUCGACACUCUAGGUGAGUAAUUGAAAUAAAUGAACGCGUCAAGGCGGUGCACAAUCGCGAGAGAACCGUAGCGAUAUAUUCAACUUUUUAAAGGAUUUUUAUUAAAAAAAAAAAGUCACGACGGAUACGUGUACGCUUCGGUCUUUCUCGAUCGGUAAAAAAAAAGCAACGCGCUCUUUCGUUUCACGAGAUCGAUCGCGUUAAUCUCGAGAUUCGUUUCCAUCGAUUAUAGCUAGGAACAAGUAUCUCUUUUAGCUAGAAAUGAUAUCGUUUAUAACGAUCGAUCUAACGUACAGCAAAAGAUGCUACGAGGACUCGAUCGUCCCGGCAACCGGAAAUAAAACGACAACGACGAGAUGUCUUCAAAAUUCUCCAAAGAAUUUCCUUGCGAGCACUCUUAGCUAGUUUUUACUAUCCAGUCUACAGUGGUGUGUUGCUUGAGUUUUAAUAACUGCGAAUAGCGUGUGUGUUAAACUGGGAAAGAAAAAACGGGAAAGCUGCGUAUAUGUUUUUCUCUCGUGUGCUUCCCUAACUUUCCCUCUUCCAUACCUCCACCCCUCCCUCCCUCCCUAGCUCCAAAAAACAGAACCAUAUACAACUGUAAUAAUGUAAUCAGGAUUAAUUAUUAUAAUAAUUAUUAUUACCAUUUUACAAGAAUAAUAUAAUAUAAUGUAACGAUUGUAAAACUAUGUAUCUAUGUAUACGUGUAUACAUAUACAUACAUACAUAUAUGCAUAUAUGUAAAAUAAUGAAUACAUGCUGCGUUCGAAAGCCUAGAUUUCGGAAGAACAGGGGCGGAAAAGAAAUGAUUAGAUGAACGGAAAUGAAAAAUCGGAAGAAGCGUGCUCGACGGCUUUCAUGCACAGCUAUGUAUAAUUUUCUAAGCCAGAGCAUGUGAUGUUAGAGGUUACACAUACAUACUUUUUAAUCAGUUAUAAUCGCAUAGAAAUGGUCGGAAUGGUUGCGAACAGAAAAUUCUACCGAUGUCGGGUUGUCGUGCGGUUCUACUGUUUCUUCGUUUUCCCUUUUACGAAUCUUUUUUUUUUCUGUUGUUUUUUUGUGACAUUCCAUGUUUUCAAACUCGCACUAGCAAAGAGACCGAAGCUACCGCGUGUACCGCGAGCCGCGCUUCUGUACACUGUACUCGAGCAGCAACAAAAUCGAAAAGAUUCGUCUCAGAAUCUUGAUUGGCCAAAUCGAAAGCAAUAAACGUAACACGUUUACGUUUCAAUCGAAUCCUUAAAGUUACUAAGGCGUUAGUAUGAUAUUUAAAACAAGGUAUAAUUCGUGUAUUUCAUGUAACUAUCUCUACGAAAUGCUAAAUGCGGCGAAACAAACAGCGCCUCGCAUUUUUCUGAGACAUUCUUUGCAGAACCAAGUGGCUUCGUACGUCGAUGUAACGAGAAAGGAUCGCACUGCCUAAAUCGGUAAUAAAAAGAGAAAAUGGUGAAUGCGUAUUGUGUUACCGAGCGUGGAAUAAUAUACGUGAAAAUGUAUGCGAGUGCGUCGAACGGUAUCAACGCGUACGUAACGAUGGACUAUGAAACACUUCGAAUUUUAUUCAGAGUUCAAAUGAAGUUCGAAGUGAUUCCUAGGAGAGAGAUCUGAAUAUCCAUCGAUACGCGUACGUAAUUAACGACGGUGCUAAUUGAAACCCCAUUAGAAUUAUCAAUCGCCCCUCAAACGCCACCGGAUUGAAUCGCAUAAUUUCUCUGCGCGAUAGAUAUCUGCGAUAUUAUUUCAAUUACGAGUAAAUCAAUUUCUAAGUGCAGGGAAUGGUUUGUCGAUUCAAGUAGAUUAGGCGUGAUCCCUUGAUUUCACGAUCGAAAGUGGCAAUUUGGCAAACAAACCAUCAUCGUUCACCCCAUAUCGCACAAACGAACAGCAAAGGUAUGCAACAUUCCAAACUCUCACACGCAACAGAGAAACAUCCCAUGGACCUCGGAACACCAUGUUCCCCAUUAGAAAUAAUUUAUUUAAAUUUUCAGCUUUCCACUUGCUAUAUUAUUUUAAAUUAGCUGAUCACUCCCCAAUAACAGUCAAGAUGUUCAAUUCUUAAAUUGAAGCUUUUUGUUUAAUAGUAACGCUAUUGGACAUUGUCCUUUUUUUUUUUGAUUAAUCAUUCGAUUGCAUUAUAUUUGAGACAUCAACGCUUUAAUUUACAGUGUCUUCUGUAAUGUAUCCAUUCAAAAUCCAUGCAUUUAAAAUCGAAAUUGAUUAACCGGAUCACGUAGGUCGCUUUAUAAUCACGCUACUAACGCUGCAUUUAAAUCCCCAUCUUGCGAUAAACGAAA